AUGAACAUAUUGUUUAAUAAAAAUAUUUCAUCAAAUCAUCUUACUAAUCUCAAUCGAUCAUAUAAUAAUGAACAAUCAAACAACGAUAAUAAAACUUAUGUUUCUUUAUUUGAUCGAUUUAAACGAUGGUUUCAUUCUAUCAAACAAUGGAAAUAUGAGCGUCUAUCACAAGAUCAAUUAGUAUUAAAUAAUCCUAUUAAUUUAAUAAACAAAAACGAAAUUAUGCGUGUAAAUGAUAUUCCAUUUAUUAUUCCAAGACAAAUUGAAGAUGUACGAAAACAAAUACGACCAAAUUUUCAACGAGCUAAACUUCUUAUUCUUCGUAUGGAUGAAUAUCUUGUUUCAUCUGAAGAUAAAACAAAAGCGAAACGACGUCGUCAUCAAGAUACAUCACUUGGUUUACGUGCAUUAGCUGAAGCUAUUUAUACAAUUCAAAAAAUAGCUUUUCGUGAAGUACUUAGUAUAGAUGAAACAUUACCAAUUAUUGGAAGAAAUUUGCCUGACGAUGAUGAUGAUGAUGAUGAUGAUGGAGAAGAAAAUCGUUCAAUGCAUAAAUUUUAUCGUCAAAAAGGAAAAAUUGAUCCAAUAACAGAUUUUCAUGAAGUACAAGAUUUUGUUGCAUUUGAUCGAGCACUUACGAAACAUCGAAUGGAUAUAUUAGAAAAACCAACAUGUAAACCAUCCGAUAUGAUCUAUUUAAAAUUUUGUUUAAUGCUUGAAAUUCAACGUGAUGAAUAUGAAAGUUGUUUACGUAUAAUUUUACAUGAUAUUAUAUUUAAAUAUCAUUUAGCCGACUUUCAUUUACGUUGUGAAAUACAUGUACGAAAACCAAUGGAACGUGAAUUUGUUCUUGAUAGAAUUGUUCAUGAUUCACAUUUAAAAGCAAAUUAUUCAGUUGAAUUUGUUUUAUGGUCAGGAGAUUGGAUUGCUCAACAAGAAGUUGAAUUAUAUGUUGUAAUGAAAAUUGAAUCAUUAUCAAUUAAUAAAUAUAUUAGUUCGAAAUUUUGGGAUAUGGCACAUUUACAUGUAAAAAAUAUUCCACAUGGUUCAUCAAGAAUUUUUCUUCGUGAACUUACACCUGUUAGUAGACCACAUAAACUGCUAUCACGUACUGUGAAUAUUGGUCAAGUAGAAAUUGAAGCAGCAUACUGGUCUACUUCACGUCAGUUAUCAAUUCAUAUUGUAAAAGUUACUCAUUUACAAGCGGAACGAUUACUACGAACUUCAGAUACAUAUGUUGAAAUUAUUUUUCAAAGUCCAUUUGAUAUAUAUGAUAUAAAACGAACAAAAGUUGCCGAUCGUUCGUUAAAUCCAAUAUUUAAUGAGGAAUUUUAUUUUAAAAUUCCACGAAAAAUAGCAAUUAGUGAUAUUACAAUUGAUUUAAUAUUUCUUGAAAAAUCUUCAUUACAUCAUCAUCAUUCAGUUGUACAUGGAGUGUUAACAUUAUCAAAACAUACUGAUUGGUAUCCUGUAAGAAAAUUUUGGAUUGAUUUAGAAGAAAAUCCAAAUAUAAGACUAAAAAAUCGAUUUUUAUUUGAAAGAAAUAUCUAUGAAUAA